CGCGGAGUCGCGCGGCGGGAGCGUCUCCUCGGCGGCGCGGAGUGGCGGCCUCCGCCGACGGGGUGGACAUGGAGGCGCUGCAGAGGCGCCGUUCCGCGCUGUUUGCGGCAAGCGGGCGCGCGGGCAGCGCCACCAGUGACGCGGCGUCUGUCGCUGCCCUGGGCGGCGGGUUGGAGCGCCAGCCGAGCCGCCAGGGCGGGGGCACGGCGGUGGAAGCCGUGGCGCGGAACUCUGCACCCGCGACGCCGAGCCACCAAGAGGAAUCCCUCAAUCGGCGGCGUUUGCCGAGUGGAGGGGUGAGGAGGGGGCAACAGAAGCAGGAAGGGGCGCCAUUUCCACGCGGCGUGGAUGAUGCGGAGCCUCUCGACGUGACAGCGAACCUCAGCCCCCUCCUGCGAGUUGUCUUGGAUCUUACCAACAUGGUGCCCACAGGCCGUUUGCGUGUGUUUUUUUAG